CGCUCGCUGGCAGCACAGGACUCUCCUCUCCUCUCUGGCUUUCUCUCACCCUGGUGACAAGUUGCUCUUCCUGCCACAGCCGGGGGGCUCAGCAGAGGAGAAUAGGAGGGCACUGAGCCGAGACGCCCCUCCAGCCUGACGUGAUUUCAGAAGGGUUAAAUGCCCAAAUUGCGAUAGAUUCUCAAGGCUCACAUGGCAAGCAAGAAGGAAAAAACCUAAAGUGCUAAAGAGGGACGCGCCAGAGGAUGGACCCCCGCAGCCUGGGCUUUCAUUGUUCAGGUAAGCUGGCUGGGGCUUGGAGAGGAAUUGAAAGGAAAGGAGCAGGGAUGACGGGGCAGCUGCUCUUUAAAAUGUGAAAGUUCUGUGGACGAGUUGAUGGCAGGAGCAGUCCGGUGUGCACUCGUCUGAAGAUGCACCUCUAGUGUCCCACCGCAGGACCUUACAGCUGCUCUUCAUUUUUUGGUUGUUUUGUUUUUUUCUUCAUUUCCUCCUGAAGUAUCGGACUGAGGAGUCCUGCGCUCCACCAACAUGUGAGCCUGAGCUGAACAUUCAUUCAGAGGAGCGCACGACCGAGAGUGGGCCGCCCGCCAUGGUCACCGAAGCGAGUGAAGGGAUAUCACUGGAGAAGAUCUUCAACGGCUCUGCCAACGACUCGGCCCCUCCGCCCCGGGAGUCCAGUUCCAUGGAGGACCUCGUGGCCACCUUCUCCAUUGGGAUUAUCCUGUGCUUUAUGUGUGUGAUAGGAGUGACCGGCAACGUGUACACGUUAGUGGUGAUGUGCCACUCCAUGAGGUCGGCAGCCUCCAUGUACAUCUACAUCAUCAGCCUGGCCCUGGCGGACCUGUUGUACCUCCUCACCAUCCCCUUCAUCGUGUGCACCUACUUUGUGAAGGGCUGGUACUUUGGAGACAUCGGAUGCCGGAUCCUCUUCAGCUUGGACUUCCUCACUAUGCACGCCAGCAUCUUCACGCUGACCAUUAUGAGCACCGAGCGCUACUUUGCGGUCCUCAAGCCACUGGACACGGUGAAGAGGUCCAAAAGCUACCGGAAGGCCAUUGCCUUGCUGGCGUGGUUGGCCUCUUUCCUGCUCACCCUACCCAUGAUCAUCACCAUCCAGCUGGUGCAGAAGGGCAACACCAGCCUGUGCCACCCGACUUGGAGCAGCCUGUCCUACAAGAUCUACAUCACCGUGCUCUUCUGCACCAGCAUCGUCGCCCCCGGGGUCAUCAUCGGCUAUCUGUACAUUCGCUUGGCUCGCACCUACUGGAUCUCCCAGACUGCCACCUUCAAGCAGACCAAGAGGCUGCCCAACCAGAAGGUGCUCUACCUCAUCUUCACCAUCGUCUUAGUCUUCUGGGCUUGCUUUUUACCUUUUUGGAUCUGGCAGCUGAUCGACCAGUUCCAUGCAACCUUCCUGGUGUCCUCCAAAGUGAAGAGGAACAUCAACUAUCUGACGACCUGCCUGACCUACAGCAACAGCUGUAUCAAUCCUUUCCUCUACACACUGCUGACCAAAAACUACAAGGAGUACCUGAGGAACAGGCAGAGGGCCUGGUCGAGCAGCAGCUACUUCAACCGGCGAAAUCGUUUCCAGAGGUCCCAGCAGCGGUCCCUGUCCACCAGCAGCCAGCACUGCACUGAGUCCUUUGUGCUCACUCAGGUCUCAGGUGCCAACAGCAGCUUGUGACCACUGAGGACCAGCAGAGACCCCUCUUAGUUCUGGGACCCUCUCACUUCCUGAAAAUCCCAUCUCCUCCAGCAUGAUCUUUGGAGACAAGAUGAUCAUUCCUGUGAUUUGUGCUCUGACAAUCAACCCACCUGAACGGAACUGGCUGCUUUCUUGUAGAACUGGGGGAUACGGAGCUCCAAGGUGGGUCGGGUUGGGGGGCUUCCGCGUUUUAACAGUCCCGCUCAUUAUCUGAGGUAACACGUUUGGAAAAUUCCCAAGGCCGUAAUAAGAAAGCUAUCGGAGCCACAGAAACUUCGGAGUGAAGGAGCGUAGGAGCCAUGACGGUCUGUAGCAAACUUACGGACCUCUUAAAAGAGAAGUGCCGGCGAGAUAAAUGCGAAAUAAGUAAAUCGGUGCAUUAAUAAAGAUAGCAUUUAAAGGAAAAAUGAGAGGGCUGGUGUCUUGAUUGAUCAGUCGGUGCAUUUGGUUUAUUUUGGUAAUUGAAUUAACGUGAGGAGGAGGAAAGAUCGGAGUUCAGGAACAAGGCACGUAAAAGCAAAGGUGCAUGGAUGGAGAUGGGCGGCUUGUUCCGAAAGAGCCUGCGAGGGACCCGAGUACUUUAACGCACAAUCAAAUUUUAUUAAGGAAUAAUCAGAUUUUAUUAACGAAUCCGCGACCACCCACCCCAGACAAUCACCCCCAACUUAAUCUUCUUGUCUCUCCCCCGCGCGCGCAUGUAAUUUACUGUCUAAUAAAGUCUUGCUGGCUUGUUGCAUGGA